UGAAGCCUCAUCGCCCAAGUCGGGUACGCAGCUCGGAUUUAAGUAGAUCAACUUGGUUUUGUUCCUCGCCUCCAAUCCUCUCUCGAUUUUAAGCUUCGUUUUCUCGCAACCCCGCUUCAUCCACCUCGGAGUGUAUCAGAAAGUUCGGCUCCGAGCUUAUUAGGCGUCAUCACGCAACCUCUAGGCAGUGUUGCUUCAUCUCUCUUUUCAUCUUCCCAUCUCUUCCAACUUCACCGAACACAUCAAAAUCAUCAAAAUGAAGUUUGUCAAUACCUUACUGCCGCUUGCGGUCAUCAGCUCUGCAUUCGUCCUUCCUGACGAGCAGAUGACCGACCAGAUCGUCCUCGAAUCUCAAAAGGAGCCAUCUUUCUUCGGCAAGUUGCAGGGCAACGUCGAAGAACUCUGGGAAGGAGUCGAGGAAUCAUUCAAGAACGCCGUUGCAUUCUCCGAGAACGCAUUGGACAAUGCUUUCAAUGCGGCCAAUGAUGCUGCUCAACAAGCCAAGGGUACUUUCGAGUGCCAUAUGUCCAUGACCAAGUUCGACAUGGCAGGAUGGCUCGACACCGCCAUGGAAACUCCAGAUGGCAUCGAUGUCUUUGAACCACCGAAACAUCCUCCUCACAAGCCACCACACCACCGCAAACCGCCGCAUCAUGGCCAUGGCGGUCCCCACCACAAGUCGAACAAGACUAUCUACCAGCUCAUCUCGAGCAGCAAGUACACCACCAGGCUGGCCGAGCUCAUCAACGAGUACCCCGACUUGGUUGAGACAUUGAACGGCACGGCCGCAAACUACACUCUCUUCGCUCCAAUCGACAAGGCGUUUGAGAAAAUCCCCAAGGGACACAAGAAGCCUUCAAAGGAACUCAUCAAGAAAGUCCUGUCUUACCACCUCUCACCCGACUUCUAUCCCGCUGGUCGAAUCGUGACAUCACACACCAUCCCCACUGCGCUUGGAGAAGACAAACUCGGCGGAGAGCCACAAAGACUCCGUGUAGGACUCGGUCUCCUCAAGGGUCUCAAUAUCAACUUCUACAGCAAGAUUAUUGCUGUCAACAUUUUUGGAUCCAACGGCGUAAUCCAUGGCGUCGACUCCAUCAUCCUCCCGCCACCUGAAGCCCUUAAAAUCAUCUCCUUCCUCCCCACCGAAUUCAGCACUCUCCAACUCGGCCUCGAGAAAACCGGUCUCUUCGAAGCCAUCACGUCCUCUCCCCAUGAGGGAGGAACCAUCUUCGCACCCUCGAACUUGGCAUUCAAGAAACUCGGUCCGCGCAUCAACGCCUUCCUCUUCAGCAAGUACGGCGAGAAAUAUCUAAAGGCUCUCUUAAAAUACCAUGUUGUUGCCAACCAGACUUUGUAUUCUGAUGCUUUCUACAAGGCCAAGUCAGUUGAUAGUGUUAGAUGUCAUGGACGAGAACAAUUCGGCGAGGAAGAUAUCCCGAAGGGAUAUUUCCAUGUUGAUCUCCCGACACUGUUGGAUGAGAAGAGUUUGAGUAUUGACGUGGCGCGGUAUGGAGGCUUUAUUAGUAUGAAGAUUAAUGGAUUCUCGAGCGUGGCGGUCCAGGAUGGGAUUGCGAGGGAUGGGGUCAUUCAUGUUGUGAGUAGUGUGUUAAUCCCACCCAAGACUCCUCGAGGGAGGGAGGAGAAGGCUGAGGAGGAUGGGGAGAUGGAGUUGGAGGAGUUUAAGGAGAGGUUGAUUCCGCAUUUCGAGGAUGAGUUGUGAAGGAGCUUGAAGUGAGAGCAGGGAUGGAAGGG